AGUCCACAAUAAAUCUAGGAUAAUACCUAGCGUGUUUCCCUAGGAGCAAAAGAGGAGUAAGCUUAAAACCAAUUAAACAACAAAUAAACACCAGAAGCAAAUAUAUUUUCUGAAUCGUUCAAAUGUCAGUCUGCGCACGCGGAUUUACACAACCCCUAAGCAGAAAAUUGCUUGAAGAUGAGCUGCACAGUUAGCUUCAACGCAAGCUUGCUGUUUGUUAACAAGAAGUCCGUAAAUUUGCAUGGAAUUGAACCCCUGACCUCCCGCUGCACAAAAUCGUCAAACAAAAGCAAUAAGCAUUUCAAUACUAAUAAUAGUUGCCUGUGUCUGAGCAAGGGGAAAAAAGUAGGCCGUAAAUUGGUUGUAGUAAGAGCAUUUUGGAAUUGGUUUGAAUCGACUAAAGAUAAAAAUGGGAAAGAUAGUUACAUGGAAGAAAUUCCAGAAUUUAAUUCAAUGGCAGAUUUUGUCAAGCUCCAUAAAAAUGAAAUCGGUCGAGAGGAUUUGCAGACUGCGAUUGUUAGUUAUCGCAAAAAAUUUCCAUGGUCGAUUCUUCAGCCCGGAACCCAGGUUGAUUUGGUAGCUGCUAUUCACAUUGCUGAUAAAGAGUAUUUUGCAGACCUUCAGCAAGAACUUGCAAACUAUGACAGGGUCCUAUAUGAAAUGAUUACAGAUAAGGACCCUAAGCAAUCAAAUAGAAAUCCAAGAACACGUUGGAUACCACCUAAAAGGUUACCAGGAGCCCGCUAUCAAGAGUUCGAUAUUAUGGAAUUUAUUGAGCGUUCAAUGGCAUCUAGCCUUGGUUUAUAUGAUCAGUUAGAAUGUCUAGAUUAUCAGAGGGAUAAUUGGUAUAAUGCAGAUCUUGAUUAUCGCACAUUCGAGCUGAUGCAGCAUGAAAGAGGUGAGAACUUGUUCAUAAUUGCAAGGGAAACGAGUGCUAUUUCUAGUAAGGAGAUUACAAAGUCUAUAUUUGAACGAGAAGAUCUUGAUCCAUGGAAAUCAAAGCUGUUGUGGGUGGCACGUUUUUUUCCUAUGCCACUGGCGGGGUUGUUUCUAAUAGAAAGCGUUUGUGGAUUUUCAUCUUCACCAAUUGGUAGAUCCCCAGAGAUGAAAGCUUUAUUUCACCUUGAUUUAGCAACUGCAGUGAAACUGUUUUUGGCAAAACAGAUAACUUCAGAGUUAACUGAAGGAAAAUCUAAGUGGGUGAAGAAUUCUGUCAUCAUUGGGGAAAGGAACAGAGUUGUAAUGGAAGAGUUGCGAGCAGCAAUGAAUGAUGGUUGCCAGAAAAUAGCAAUACUAUAUGGAAGUGGGCAUAUGCCAGACAUGGAUGAACGUUUGCAGACAGAAUUUGGCCUUGUACCUACCCAAAUAUCCUGGAAAACUGCAUGGUCAUUGAAAAAUCAGAAGACGAGUGGUCAGAAACAGCUUCCUCCUUUCUUGAGUGGAAUUGUCAAGACAAUUGGCUGGCAACUAAAUAGAUACCAGACCCUAGCAUUGCUGAUCUUCUCUUUGAUUCUUGCAGUUGACUUGUGGCUUUGGGAGGUUGUCUUUAGUUCAAUCAAAGAUGGGUUAGAUUGUUGGGAAAAUUUAAUGUUAGUGUUAACAUGGUUGUUUAAAUUGGUAUUAUAUGUGUCAUUAAUAUUAAGUUGUUGAGAAACAACUUAAUAUUGUUGUUAGUGGGGUUGGUUAUAAUAUUAUGUAUAAUGUGUUGAACGAAGAUGAAUAAGAGAAGCCUAUUAUUCUGUGUAAUUUUUUUUA